CUGAUUGAAGGCGGGGGGCGGGAGGCGGGGCGAGGAGGACCGGACGCGGUGCGCGCCGUGUAGCAGCUCCCCGACAUGCUCCGCUGGGUCCACUCCUGUAGUUUCUCCCAGAGGGGGCUUGGUCUCUCCGGCCUCAGCUUCUUCAAAGUGCCCAUCACACUCAGCAGCAGUGGCCGAGGCGGCGCCAAGCCGAGGUCGGUUCCGCUCUCCUACAAGCUUCUGGACGGGGAGGCGGCCCACCCGGCCCUCGUCUUUCUGCACGGGCUCUUCGGCUGCAAAACCAACUUCAACUCUGUCGCCAAGGCCCUAGCCCAGCAGACAGGCCGGAAGGUGCUGACGGUGGAUGCUCGGAACCAUGGUGACAGUCCCCACAGCCCAGACAUGAGCUAUGAGGCCAUGAGCCAGGACCUACAGGACCUCCUGCCUAAGCUGGACUUGAUGCCCUGUGUCCUCAUUGGCCACAGCAUGGGAGGCAAGACAGCCAUGCUGCUGGCACUACAGAGGCCAGAGCUGGUGGAGCAGCUGAUUGCCGUGGACAUCAGCCCAGUAGAGACCACAUCCAGCUCAGAUUUCCCAAGUUACAUUGCAGCCAUGAGGGCCAUAGACAUCCCUGAUGAGGCAUCCCGUUCCUGUGCCAGAAAACUAGCUGAUAAGCAGCUCAGCCCUGUUAUCCAGGACAUGGCCGUGCGGCAGUUCCUGCUCACCAAUCUGGUGGAGGUAGACGGGCAUUUCAUGUGGAGAGUGAACUUGGAUGCCUUGGCCCAGCAUGUGGAGAAGAUCUUGGCCUUCCCACCACGACAAGAAUCCUACCUUGGGCCAACCCUUUUCCUCCUGGGUGGAAACUCUCAAUAUGUGCCUCCCAGCCACCACCCUGAGAUUAGGCGGCUCUUCCCUCGGGCCCAGAUGCAGACCGUGCCCAACACUGGCCACUGGAUCCACAGUGACUCUCCACAGGACUUCGUGGCUGCCAUCCGAGACUUUCUGGCCUAAGAGUUGCUGGCAAGAUUGGACAUGAGAUCCCAGGUUUCAAGGCCCUGCAGGCUACUCCACCUUUCUGCACAGAAGGACCUAGGCAAGCACUGAGAGGCUAACAACAAGGGUGCAGUGGUCAGACCUCAAGCUUUAAUGAAUAAAGACACUGAUUCCAAG